CUUGAGCUUGGUUGAUUGAGUUGAUUGUUCAAUUGUCGGCAUCUUUGUAUACAGUUUCAUUACACGUCCACGUCACCGUGUCUUAAGCAUCGAUGAAGUCAUGCUGGUCAUGCAACAACCUCACAUCAGGAUCUCGCAUACUACCGAGGCAUACUAUGAGCUUCACCAAAGAUUGACAUCCAUCCCAGCAGGUCCGAUCGACCAGUAAUCGGCCAAUGGACACAAGUCAUAAUCACCACUUUGACUACACAUCUGGUCGUUGGCCUAUCAAUGAGGCGCACCAACUCAAAACGCGCUAUAUCAGCUUCAACGUGCCAGCGCUACAGCGUAUCGCCGGCCAACUGCUGGAAAGCCCGAUGACGUUCUCUUUACAGAUGGAGAAUGGUAGGGAGAUUUUGGCGAGAGUUCCGAACCCGAACACCGGCCAUGCCCAUUAUGUUGUGGCCAGUGAAGUCGCAACGCUUGACUUUCUUCGAACUGUUCUCCAGAUACCAGUCCCCCGUGUUCUCUCGUGGAGCUCGUUCCUGCAGGUGAACCCAGUCGGUGCUGAAUACAUCCUGAUGGAAAGGGUGCAAGGUCAGCGACUAAGCGAUGUUUGGGAUGAGAUGUCCGAAGCUCAACACUUUAGGCUUAUUAAGAGCUUAGUGGAAAUUGGACGGAAGUUGGUGAACGCAAAGUUCACCUUGCAUGGCAGCCUAUACUAUCGAGAUACGUUUUUACAGGGAAGAACUAUCGCAAACCGUGAGAUAUCACGGAUACGAAACGUACAUGACAGGUCCAGCGAUGUCACUGUACCUGGGAGGAAAGCGCUACAAAGGCGUGAUGAUCAUAUACAGUUCCUUGAGCAAAUUUCUAACGUUUUUACCCCGGUCCUUUUGCACUCUGACCUUCAUCACCAUAAUAUUUUCGGCGAUAUGUCCGAUCCUAAAAUAUCCAGUAUAACUGACUGGCAAACUGUCCACACCGCCCCAUUGUUUAUACCAGCGAAGUUUCCUUCAAUCUUCGACUGCGGUGAUACAUACCUAUGGGGAGCCGUCCAACCCCGGCUACCUAAAGAUUUUAAAACUCUCUUGCCGGCCGUAAAAAAGCAAGCGGAAGACCAGCUUGACCGGCUCAGAGUGAAAAAGUUCUACAAGCUGGCUUCCCGGAAGUUCAACCCGGCUCUUGUCGAUGCCAUGGACAAGAUGAGAGAUAAUAGUGACCCUACCACUUUCAUAUUCCACAUUAUCGGACGCUCCUCCGAAGACGGCCUAUUGCCGUUGAAGAAGCUGUUAAUCCAGGUGUUUGAGAAAUGGGACCGCAUCAUGGAACGCCGAGGCUCGACGCAAGCGUGUCCCAUUUCGUUCUCGCGGACCGAGAUCGAGGAGAGUCGGCAGCAAGUCGAAGCCUGGGCCGCCGCGUUCGAGGAAUUCGAGAGUCUGCGGGCGGACCUUCUUGGGGAUGAUGGCUGGGUCUCUCACGAUGACUACGAGGAGGCUAUGAGCAGGUGGGCGAAGAACAAGGCGACUUUGGAGAGCUUACGGGAGCGAUUGGAGACCUUGAUCUGA